AUGCACGUGUUCGCCGGGCGGAGGGAAGGAACCACCUACAUCUCGGAGAUCGGUCUGCUGGUGGACUCCGACGAGAUCUUCGUUUCCGCCAAGUCCGCGGAUUCCGCCGCCUGGAAGGACUUCCACGGAAUGGUCCUCGUGAACGGGAUCGAGCUCCCGCUCUCUGACGUCAGCAUGGCGCUCGCGAACGGGCUCACGAUCACACGUGGCAAGACGAGCGUCAGGGUUGCUAAGGCGGGCGUCCUUGACGUCACCAUGGAUAUUGCGCGCGCGUCUUUCUGGGAGAACGGCCCAGGCCAGAACUUCAUCAACUUUAAGGUGACGUCACUCAACGUCAGCCCCGCCGUCCACGGAGUGCUCGGGCAGACGUACCGGGAGGAUGAGCGGACGUACAAGAAGCUCGCCCACGGAACGGAAUUCAAGAAGCUGCGGAACAACGGAAUGCCGUAUUACGUCGAUGGCGAGGAGUCGGACUACCUGUCAUCAGGUAUCAUGGCUGCGGACUGCAAUUUCGCCCGGUUCGCUCCUCAGGGGCCCAAGGCUUCGACCGGGGCAAGAAAGAUGCUGUCAUCCGAGGAGGCGACACUCACGGUUAAGGGCUCUGGUUUCGGUGACUUCUAG